CAGAUUUGUAUUGUCAUGAUAUUUUCAAAAUAGAAAAAUGUCGAGUCAAGAAGUAAGGCUAGAGGUUUUAAAAUUGAUUGAGCAAAAGGACAAAAUUGAGGGUGAAAUUAAGGAGCUAACUGGCAUUCUCACACAGAAUGGCGUUGGAAUGAAUGAUCCCUUGGUAGAUAAUGACGGAUUUCCUAUAAAUGCUAUUGAUGUGUACCAAGUACGACAUGCUAGGCAUAGGAUAAUUUGUUUACAAAAUGAUCAUAAGGCAUUAAUGAAACAAAUUGAAAAUGGUUUAUAUGGGUAUUAUUCAAAUGGAGAUUCUUCUCAACAAACUUCCACUGCAAUGGAAGUUGAUAGACCUUUUGUAAUAUCUUAUAAAAUUCCAUUUGCGAAAGUUAAUUUGGUAAGCCCAGGCUCACCUGCAGAAUAUGCAGGUAUUUCCCAAAAUGAUGAGGUGGUAGAAUUUGGAUCUGUAAACUUUACAAAUUUCAAAAACAUCACAGAUAUUGCCACAGUGGUUCAACAUUCUGAAGGCACACCUGUAAGCAUAAAAUUGAAAAGAGGUGAACGGUUUCUUACUGUUCAGCUUAUACCAAAAAAAUGGACAGGAAAAGGUUUACUAGGCUGUAAUAUUAUAGGUUUAUAAAACACAUUUGUUCAAUAAAAACAUUUUUAUUUAUAA